UGAUUGGACUGCAGAGUUCUCCAGGGAGGAGGAAAGCAAAAGUAAAAAGGAAAGAGCGGGGGAGAGGGGAGAAACCCUCCCUGCCCCCCUCCCCACCCCACACACGCUCACCCAUGCCUGAAGAGGGGGCAGCCACUAUCUGCAGAGGGUCCCCAUGUGUCAAAGGUGAUUGUAGCAGAUGCUGGACCCAGGGAACUCUCUACCCCAAGUUGGCCUGCAAGGCCUCCGGGGACCGACUUGCCAACAGCUGGACUUGAUCACCAGCUUGCAAAGUGAGAUCACGUAUCAGAGGGAGUAACUAGCAGACUUUGCUGUCCGGCUGUCUUUGGAGGAGUUUCUCAGCAGCGGCUAGAAAGCAGACCACCAACUGGACCCUCGAGUCUUCUUCGAGAAGCAGCAGCAGAAGAGAUUCCCACCCUGGGUGGUUUGCAGGAUGAUGCUGGCUCUUAGGCGAGCUUGUAUUUUCAGGGCUCUGGUCUUCAUGGCCUUCCUGCCCCCACCGCAAUGCGCCCAGGACCCGGCCAUGGUGCACUAUAUCUAUCAGCGCUUUCAAGUAUUGGAGCAAGGACUGCAGAAAUGUACCCAAGCAACAAGAGCAUACAUUCAAGAUUUCCAAGAGUUCUCGAAAAACAUAUCCACUAUGCUGGGACGAUGUCACACCUACACAAGUGAGUACAAGAGCGCAGUGCACAACCUGGCACUGAGAGUGGAGCGUGCCCAGCGGGAGAUCGACUACCUGGAGUACCUGCGGGAAGCUGACCUGUGUGUGGAGUCAGAGGACAAGAUGCUGGCAGAAAAGCUAGUCCAAGAAGCCGAGGAAGAGGAGAGGAUCCGGACGCUACUAAAUGCAAGCUGUGACAAUAUGCUGAUGGGCAUAAAGUCUCUGAAAAUAGUGAAGAAGACGAUGGACACAGAUGGCUCUUGGAUGAAAGAUGCUGUCAGUGACUCUCCAAAGGUUUAUGUCUUCAUUGGGUCCAGAAACAACACUGUCUGGGAAUUUGCCAAUAUACGGGCCUUCAUGGAAGAUAGCACCAAGCCAGCCCCCCGGAAGCUGAUUCUAACACAUUCCUGGCAGGGAACAGGCCAAGUGAUCUACAAAGGUUUCCUGUUUUUUCAUAGCCAAGGGACUCUCAAUGAGAUCAUCAAAUAUAAUCUGCAGAAAAGGAUUGUAGAAGACCGGAUGCUUCUCUUUGGAGGAGCAGGCAGAGCCCUGGCCUACCAGCACUCCCCUUCCACUUACAUUGACCUCGCUGUGGAUGAGCACGGGCUCUGGGCCAUCCACUCAGGGCCAGGCAUCCACGGCCAUUUGGUUCUCACGAAAAUUGAGCCUGACACGCUGGGAGUAGAACACUCAUGGGACACUCCAUGCAGAAGCCAGGAUGCUGAAGCCUCAUUCCUCUUGUGUGGGGUCCUCUACGUGGUCUACAGUUCUGGAGGCCAGGGCGCACAUCGCAUCACCUGUGUCUAUGAUCCUCUUGGCACCAUCAUUGAAGAGAAUCUGCCCAGCUUGUUCUUUCCCAGGCGGCCAAGAAGUCACUCCAUGAUCCAUUACAACCCCAGAGAUAAGCAGCUCUAUGCCUGGAAUGAUGGAAAUCAGAUCAUUUACAAACUCCAGACCAAGAGAAAGCAGCCUCUCCAGUGAUGCAUUCCAGUGGGCCAGGGAUGCUGCACUCCAGGAUCGGGGGCCAGGGCCCCUCUGCAAUAUACUAUAGUAUUAAUAUAUUAAUAGCAUCCCACUAAUGGCACACAGGGAGAUGAGGGGCUGCAAGUGGGGAUGCACACACAUCCUUUUCUAGAUGGUACUGCCUUCAGUAUCUUCUAAGAGCUUAGAUGACAGUCUGUCAUUCAGGAAUUUUCAGGAACUUCCAUUACCCAUCCCAAUGCCCUGGUGCUCAAGGCCUUCCACAUCCUGAUUCCCCCUCCCCCCAAAAAAAGAAAGAAAUCAAAAUAUGCAUAGAAACGAAUGAAAAUGAAAACAAAACAACACAUCCUGAUCCAGCUUACUUCCAACCUUUUCUUUUUAGUCAAGCAUUUUAGCAUGUACUUUAAUAACUCUCCCCACCCUCACCUUCUCAGUCAUUAGAAAUGUAGGCCACGCCCUCAUACUCCUGGCUUUUCUCCCCUCUGGCCUUUGCCCAAGCUCUUUCCUCUUUGACAGUUGCCUAUUGAUAUUCUUCUAUUAUUCACUGCCCAACUAAAGUCCUAUUUUUUGGGAUUAAUUUUUAUUGGAGUAUAGUUGCUUUCAAUGUUGUGUUGGUUUCUACUGUACAGCAAAAUGAAUCAGCCCUGCAUACACACAUGUCUCCUCCCUCUUGGACUUCCUUCCCAUUCAGGUCACCACAGUCAUUAAGUAGAAUUCCCUGUGCUAUAGAGUAUAUUAUCAUUAGUUAUCUCUUCUAUACAUAGUAUCAAUAGUGUAAAGUAAUAUUUCUUGUUGAUGUUUAAUUUUGAUUUCCCCUGGUACUGUCCCUACACCAAGCAAGGCGGUCGCAAUAAGAAAGUGAACAUAUUACCAUUUGAAUACCACUUUCCAGUUAUAAAGUGCCUGUUCCUGUGUUAGAACUCAUCUCACCCUUAUGAGAUAGACGGGACAAGCCUUUAUAGACAGAGGGUUUCGGUGAGCCAUUCCAAGUACCAAAACUACAAAAGGAAAGAGCUAGAAAAUACCGCACAGCCCAUAAUCUUGUCAUUGUCCAAGGAAGCAUCAAAUAUAUGUUUGUUCACCCAACCUUUUCUAAGCAAUUUGUUAAUUGUUUCAGCCUAAAGAUAAUGGCAUGCCCCUUUACCUAUUUCAUGCCUGCACAAGACCUUCCUAUAGGCCUUUGAAUAGCUACUUCCUCCAGAAAACCAGCCUAAGGGUGAGGACCCCCCUGUAGACUCAUCUUGCCUUACCUUCCCCUGCUGCUGCUUGCCUGAAACACAAUAAAAGUGACACUAAGCAAAUAAA